CUUCUCCUGCAGGAAGUGGCCCAGGUACCUCUGCAGGAGGUACCGACAGGCCCUCUUCUUGAUAGACUCCGAAAACGGCCACGGCAUGAAUGGAAACAGACUGUAAUCCCAUGGAGCUAAGCAGUAUGUCAGGAUUCGAAGAAGGUUCAGAGCUUAAUGGUUUCGAAGGGACUGAUAUGAAAGACAUGCGGCUAGAAGCGGAAGCAGUCGUAAACGAUGUGCUCUUUGCGGUCAACACUAUGUUUGUCUCGAAGACCCUGCGCUGCGCAGACGAUGUGGCCUAUAUCAACGUGGAAACAAAGGAGCGGAACAGGUACUGCCUGGAGCUCACUGAGGCGGGGCUUAAGGUGGUAGGUUAUGCUUUUGACCAGGUGGAUGAUCAUUUACAGACGCCCUACCAUGAGACGGUCUACUCCCUGUUGGAUUCUCUCAGCCCCGCCUACCGGGAAGCAUUUGGAAACGCCCUCCUUCAAAGACUGGAAGCCUUGAGACGGGAUGGACAGUCAUGACCAAGCUUCUUCCUUUCAUAGGGGGGCAGGCGCUGGUACAGAAUGUUGACAGAAAGCUUAAAAUUCUUGCAUAUGGUUUUAGUGGAAAAUGCAUCUUUGGUUUUGUGUCUUUAUCACUUACUUCUAGUUUAGACUUUUGACUCGGAAAUCAUUGAUUAAUGGAUUGUCCUGGUUUCUGAUUCGUUAAGGGAAUUCUGAGGCCAUUGCUACGACACCAUCAUUAAGACAUUCAAAUUUCUGCAUCUCCUACUCUUGCAUUUCAAACCUACUCAGUAUUUCAUUCUCUUACUACAGGGCUUUAAUGCUGCCAGCACUCUCUUUUACAUAAGAAGCUCUAGAUUUGCACAGUACUCUAGGAAUUAGAAUUACCUAACUUCAGCCUCUGGUUCAGCCUGCUGCUCCAGCUGGCUAAAUCAGGGGUUUACUACUAGCUUGGACUGACUUUGUAGAAAUUAACUACCAACUACUAGCCUUAUUGGAAACAAAUUUCAACUAGUUUUCCCUGCACAAAUUUUGAAAUUCGCUGCUUUACUUAACCUGUCUAUAUUGCUAAUAUGGGCUGAUAAAGAUGAAUUAAAUCUAUAUUACUUCGCUAAGAUUAAGUGAAGAACAGGGAUGAAAUAGUUCUGUAUUCCUCGUUUGCAACAGCCAGCCAAACCAAGCAGAAGACAAAAACCGUUAGCAAAUGAAUGUAUUUCCUCGUUUCCAAGAUAUCUAAGCACAGAAGCAAAUACAGGAACAGGCUCCAUUCUUUUUCUUAGUGAGAAAGCAUCUUCGGUGUGUGUGAUUUAAAAGAAGAUUCUGGUUUCCUAGGAAACAAUAUUUAGCCUGUGUUGGAUUCUUAUUCUGAAUGUUUGUUUACAUAAUGUACAAUAUAUAUUCAGAAAGUAUUUUUGCUUCAACAUUUACUUUCUAUACUGUAGUGCUUUGGGAUUCCCACGGUACACCUUCCCCCCCCAACAGAUGUACAGUGUUCCGUCUCGGCGCUCCGUCUGCCGUGCGAUAUGAGUGUGUUGUCCGGGUUUGAAGCCAAAGGAUGAAUGGAGCAUUCAGAGACUUCAUAUUUGAAAAAGGGAUACUCCGUAUUUUCUAUUUUAUUACAGGUACUGAUAUUUAUACUGAUAAACUGUACCAUGCUGCUGCAUGUGUUCAAGUACAUGUUGAACAGUAACGAUUGGGGAGUUGUUUUUCUGAAUAGUCAUCUAAAGCGACUGCUGUAGAAGCAUCACACUAAAUCCCACAUCUCCACACACCUGCAUCCGUUUCUCAUUGGCAAGUUUUGUUUAUCAUCAUUUAAAGAUAAGUACUUUCAGCCUCUAAAGGUCACGUGGCAAGAGCAAAUUAAAGUCGAGUCUGCAUCACAACCCGUUUUCGGACUUCUCUGGCAUGCUUUGCUUCUGUCUGAUAGUGCAGGCUCACUCUCAGCUUUCUUUUCAGAUGCUUACCUGUUGGGGCAACGAAGUCUAACUUCAGGGGGAACUUCUCAUGCUUACUCUCAGGCUAAAUGUAAAUGAUAUUUGUAAAGUUUGAAUAAAAUUCUGUUGACUCAUUUUGAGUUAAGUAUGAAGAAAAAUGUAUGUUUGAACAUUGAAAUGGUUCGUUUGCAGAUAAAUGGCUGAUUCUAAGA